AAUCCGGGUGCAGAUAAAAUUGUCCAUACUAUUUAUGUAUUCGAGACCAAAGCCAAAUAAAAAUCUAAAACACCGACUUCCGUGCUUAUUUGAUCGUCAUGCACAGUUUUAAACAGCUGAAACCAUACCUCUAUGUAACCACAGGCAGACUAGUCUAGACCGAGGUGCCGACUGGAAUUUAUAACAGCUAAGCACCCCAGACAGGCACACGCCUACGUAAUCCGAUAACAAUGCGCAUUUUAUGGUAAUUAGAACCUUCUGUAUUCCGCUUAGUGACUCAAUUUGCCAUCACACCGCCAUGGGUAAAAGCAAAGAGAUAGAAGCUCCCAGUGAUAAAGGAAAACAAACACAGGACAGUGAUCAAGGUACGUGAUUUAAUUAUGUGACCUAUGCCAAUAUUUCUUCGAUAUUGUUAUAUUCUUUCUCGUUAAAAGUCUUCAUAUUCAAAAGUAUUUAAUAUUAUCUUAUGAUCUAUCAAGAUCUGAUGAAAAACAUAAACCCUGUAAACGAUUAGGCACUAAAUAUUCUAGCAAAUCCCAGCAAUAAAACCCUUAUAUCGUCGUGACUCAUGAUUUUCAUGAGCUUCCACUUGAUUGCUUUUAUAAAGCACUAUAAAUCAAAUCAAAGUUUGACCUCUAUCAAAGGUUUCCGACAUCGAUAUUUCCAUAAUUCAACAUCGAAUUUUGCAUGAAUAACCAUUUGACGUCACCAAUCACCUGAUAAGCUUUAUACGGUCGAAGCAUGACAUUACUAGGGCAAUCGUCUUCCAAUAAACGAAAGCGAGUACCCCUGUUUUUGAUGUCGUCAGUUCAGUUCGGAGCGCCGCGCAACCCACCAGGUUACACGCCAAAAAUUGAAACUUGACGACUAACAUUCAAACGAUCGUGUAGCCAUGGUGACGAAACGCUCGACAUCGCCGAUUACAGAAAUACACAUGACAAAGAUUAAUUCGUGCUAGCGAAUAGCUCAUGCAGCUGUUCGUAAACUUUUCUAACAUGUUAUGGUGGAAACAACUCGAAAGCGCUCAAGAGAACAUAAUGAUGAUUGAAAAGGAAGAGCAGAGAAAGGAUUUCAUUGAAAAAACGACGGUAACCCUUACACUUCCUUCAAUAAAUCCCGUAAUGCAAGAUGAAAUGUUCAUAGCAAACAUAGAACAAGUUAAAUCGCUACAAGCUUCGUUAUUUCCAAUAUGCAGUAAAGGUACGUUCAUCUCAAACUUUCUCCAAAACAAUAUUAAAACAAAUCAGUUAGAAAUAAAUACAGAUAUAAGAACAUUUCGGACAACAGCAAAAUUAAAGGAACCAAGAGACUUGUUCGCACUUCCAAAAGAGCUUGAUUGCCCUCAGCAAGCACCGCGAUGGCCCACAGAAUGUCAAGUAGUAGAAGAAAAAAUUCCACACAUUGUAUGGAGCCCCGCAUCUCCUGAACCCUAUUACAUAUCAUCAGGGAAAGAGUUGCAGCCACAGCCUGUGGGCGAAGAUGCAGGAACAGUUAUUUUUCAAUAUUAUCCGAUGAGUGCCGUCAACUAUUUCAGUCGCUCCACUGUCGGAGGAUCUCGCUUAUAUCUAUCAGCAUGCGCAAGUGCCGGAGGAGAAGAUGAACUAAGAUUUGAAUCUCGUUUCGAAAGUGGCAAUUUAGCAAAAGCAAUCCGCAUAACCUCAGCAUAUUAUGAACUGCAUCUCCGCACUGACCUUUAUACUAAUAGGCAUAUGCAAUGGUUCUAUUUCAGAGUCACGAACACGAAAAAGCAAAUGACAUACAGAUUUUCCAUAGUGAACUUAUCAAAAGCCGAAAGCUUAUACAACGAGGGCAUGCGACCUCUAUUAUACUCGACCAAGGACGCUCAGUUGCAUUCGAUCGGGUGGAGACGAUGCGGUGAUAACAUCGCGUAUUACAAAAAUGAUUCGUCAUCGGAAGAAGAAGAGCAAUUUCCAAGUUACACAUUAACAUUCAACAUAGAGUUCCCUCAUACAGACGACGCUGUGUAUAUUGCUCAUUGUUAUCCAUAUACUUACUCAGAUCUGCAAGAAUAUCUAUCUAAAUUACAAUCUCAUCCCGUCAAAUCAACAUAUGCUAAACUAAGGCUACUUUGUAGAACAUUAGCUGGAAACAAUGUAUAUUAUCUAACUGUAACAGCUCCACCGAGUUCUUGUGAAGCAGAGCAAAAGAAAAAGAAAGCGGUUGUCAUAACAGCAAGAGUUCAUCCUGGCGAAACUCCUUCAUCUUGGAUGAUGAAAGGUUUUAUGGAUUAUCUCACUGGAGAUUCAAAUCAAGCUCGUGAAUUAAGGGAAAAGUUUAUUUUCAAAUUAGUACCAAUGUUGAAUCCUGAUGGGGUAAUCGUUGGUAACAAUCGAUGUUCACUGACCGGAAAGGAUUUGAAUAGGCAAUAUCGAACAGUCAUACGGGAAACAUAUCCACCAGUCUGGCAUACGAAAGUGAUGAUACGGAGACUACAGGAAGAAUGUGGCGUAGCCAUGUAUGUCGACCUGCACGCACAUUCCCGAAAACACAAUAUAUUUAUUUACGGAUGUGAAAGCCGAAAAACUUCUGACAAACGUUUACAGGAACAAGUAUUUCCUUUGAUGCUGCACAAAAAUGCUGCCGAUAAGUUCUCAUUUGAAAACUGCAAAUUCAGAAUACAACGUAGUAAAGAAGGCACUGGUCGGGUCGUGGUUUGGAUGUUAGGAGUAUCUAAUAGCUACACGAUGGAAGCUUCAUUUGGCGGUUCAGAAUUGGGAAGCAGAAUGUCAACACAUUUUUCAGUUCAAGACUAUGAAAGUCUGGGAAGAACGUUUUGUGAGACACUGCUCGAUUUUUGUGAUGAAGAUCCUAGUAAAGAACGAUUAAGAACAAAAAUUGUCACCAGGCUCUUGAAAGAAGGGUCAAAUGCAGAUGAGCCAACGAAUAUUGAUUUAUCAGACUAUUCAAGUGAUGAAGGAGACACAUCGAGCAGUAGUUCUGAAGGUGGACAUAGAAGAGAAACUAAAAAGCAGCCCGCGCCGCCUCCUUCCCCCAUAUUUCCCGAUAUUAACAAAAAUUUAAACGAGAAACCAAGAAAACCACGGCCAAGACUUGAAAAGAUGAAACGAAUUGAAAAGAAAAAAACGAAACGAGAAACUUUGCAGGUAUCGAGAGCAACAAUAGAUUUAACAUCAGACGCCAUGACGGACAUGUCAUCGGAUGCUGAAUCGUACGAUGGAAACCACAGCCCUAUGCGAAGAGUUCAAAAACUGAUACACUCAUCAAUGAAAGUCAAACCAAGGCGAAAGAAAAAAAUGCCACCUGAACUGAAAAUCGUGAAAGCACCGACAAGUGAUUCGCCGUAUCAUUCCGAUCAUGAAAAGGCCUUGAAAUGUAGACGACCGAGAAGUGUAUCAAUGUUCAACGAAACCACAGAGAAACCGAGACUGAAUCCCGCAUCGUGGCACCAGUUUAGGUGUUUACCGCCUGCAAAGUGCUUGUCUGAAAUAAAAACUAGAAGUACUCAGCCAUCUGAGCUGCAGGUCAAGUUGAGUACUCUUAAAAGAAAUGUAUGGACAGGAGUCCAAAGUGAAGAAAAAGGUCCACUGUCAUGGGGCAUAUCAAGUUUUGCAAUGAAUUCAUAUUUUACCGACAGUGAAGCUUUAUUAAGAUCCUGUUCCAAGAAACUAGAAGAACUAGAGGGGGAACAACAGAAAGCUAAGGAUGACAAAAAGAAGAAGAAAUCCAAAACAAAAAAGCUUACACUUAAAGUGCCAAAUUCAUUGAAUGAUAUCAUAGAACCUAUAAACACUAAAUUACCUAAAUCUUGGAAGAAAAAGGGAAAACUAAAAAGUAAGUCUGAGAGUUCCCCGUACCUAAACAAUACCAGUUUUACGGACAUACCUCGGAACACCCACCAAGCACCGAAAUCAACCCAGGCAGAAAAUAGAUUAGCUAAAUCAAGAUUCAAGAAAGGUGCUAUAGUUACUACUGCUGUACAGUCAAAAAAACAAAUUGCCAAAGCCAAUAUUAUAUCUGACAACUCAGACUCGGAUAACUCUAUUCAACUAAGCAAGAAAAUUAAAAAGAAAAAUAAAACUGUUAAAAGUAAGUUUUGUAAAACUAUGUCUGAAAAUAAAUCUAAGAAUUAAGAA